AUGACCUCCUGGCUCAUGGUUUGGAGGACUGUAUUCACGACUGACGUCCUGUUUCUUGUCUUGCAGAUCGGGAACCUGGAAAACUACUACCACUUUUAUCACAGCAAGACCUUCAAGAGGUCGACCUUGAGCAGCAGAGGCCCUCACACCUUCCUCCGAAUGGACCCCCAGGUGAAAUGGCUCCAGCAACAGGAAGUCAAACGCAGGGUGAAGAGGCUGGUGCGCAGCGAACCCCAGUCCCUUUACUUCAACGACCCCAUUUGGCCCAACAUGUGGUACCUGCACUGCGGGGACAAGCAGAGCCGCUGCCGCUCGGAGAUGAACGUGCAGGCGGCAUGGAAGAGAGGCUACACGGGGAAGAACGUGGUGGUCACCAUCUUGGACGACGGCAUCGAGAGGAACCACCCGGACCUGGCCCCCAAUUACGAUUCCUACGCAAGUUACGACGUCAACGGAAAUGAUUAUGACCCAUCGCCACGCUACGAUGCCAGCAACGAAAACAAGCACGGCACGCGCUGCGCAGGCGAAGUGGCGGCCGCCGCCAACAACUCCUACUGCAUCGUGGGCAUCGCAUACAACGCGAAGAUCGGAGGCAUCCGCAUGCUGGACGGGGACGUGACCGACGUGGUGGAGGCCAAGUCGCUGGGCGUCCGGCCCAACUACAUCGACAUUUACAGCGCGAGCUGGGGGCCCGACGACGAUGGGAAGACGGUGGACGGGCCCGGCCGGCUGGCCAAGCAGGCCUUCGAGUACGGCAUUAAAAAGGGCCGGCAGGGCUUGGGCUCCAUCUUCGUGUGGGCCUCGGGGAACGGCGGGAGAGAGGGGGACUACUGCUCCUGCGACGGCUACACCAACAGCAUCUACACCGUCUCCGUGAGCAGCACCACGGAGAACGGCUACAAGCCCUGGUACCUGGAGGAGUGCCCGUCCACGCUGGCCACCACCUACAGCAGCGGAGCCUUCUACGAGCGGAAGAUUGUGAAGGGCACGUACCUGGGAAUGGCUGUCUCUCCAGUCAGCCAUCUGUACGGGUUCGGCCUGGUGGACGCGGAAGCCCUGGUCCUGGAGGCGAAGAAGUGGACGGCGGUGCCCUCGCAACACACCUGCGUCGCCUUCACCGACAAGAGGCCCAGGAGCAUCCCCGUGGUGCAGACGCUGCGGACCACGGCCCUGACCACCGCCUGCGCCGACCACUCGGACCAGCGGGUGGGCUACCUGGAGCACGUGGUGGCCCGCAUCUCCAUCUCCCACCCGCGCCGCGGGGACCUGCAGAUCCACCUCAUCUCCCCCUCGGGGACCAAGUCCCAGCUGUUGGCCAAGAGGCUUCACGACCACUCCAACGAAGGGUUUUCCAACUGGGAGUUCAUGACGGUGCACAGCUGGGGAGAGAAGGCCGAGGGGGAGUGGACGCUGGAGAUCCAGGACAUGCCGUCGCAGGUCCGCAGCCCGGGGAGGCAAGGGAAAUUGAAGGAGUGGAGCCUCGUCCUGUACGGCACGGCCGAGCACCCCUACCACACCUUCAAAAAAAAAAUCGUGGGGCUCCUUCUGGCUGACAGGGGGGUCAGGACGGGGGCUGUUCCGCGUCCGGGAGCCGCAAUAACGCUGCUGAUUUGCACUCACACAGCUCGGUCCUCCCAGGGCCCUCCUAGCGUUUCUCAGACCAGCCUGUGCCACCCGGAGUGUGGGGACAAGGGCUGCGACGGCCCCGGGGCCGAUCAGUGCCUCAGCUGCGUGCACUUCAGCCUGGGCAACGCCAAGACCGGCAGUAAAAAUGUAUUAUUUAGAAGAACAGGGAGGACAACGGGCAUGAACGGUUUAACCUUUCCCCCGGGGCCUUCGUUUCCUGGGGGGCUGGGGGUUUGGGGGGGCAGCUGCUCGGGCCGGAGCCCCACCCAGUGCCUGUCCUGCCGCCGCGGCUUCUUCCACCACCAGGAGACGAGCACCUGCGUGAACCCCUGUCCCGCCGGGUUCUACGCAUCGGACAGCCAGAGAAAAUGCCUGAAGUGCCACCCCAGCUGUAAGAAGUGCGUCGACGACCCCGAGAAAUGCACCGUCUGCAAGGAGGGGUUCAGCCUCGCCCGGGGCAGCUGCAUUCCCGACUGCGAGCCGGGCACCUACUUCGACUCGGAGCUGGUCCGAUGCGGGCAGUGCCACCCCACCUGCAAGACCUGCGUGGGCCCCAGCAGGGAGGAAUGCAUCCACUGCGCCAGCAACCUCCACUUCCAGGACUGGAAGUGUGUGCCCGCCUGCGGCGAGGGCUACUACCCCGAGGCCAUGCCCGGCCUGCCCCACCGAGUCUGCCGGAGAAUCAGGGCCCCUCCAGACUCCAGAGACCCCCAGGAUCGCAACCAGAACCGGGGAAGUAGCCCGGGGGCCCCAGGACCUCGGAACCGCAAGAGAUCCGGAGCCUGGCUCUUCGAUUGUUUCGGCCUGGGCGCCGAGCGGCGCGCGCCGCGGGUCAUAAAGGGAAGUGUGUCUGGUGACGGGCCUGAGCCACGCCGAGAGGACUGUCUGACGGGAGCCCCGGGCGCCGCGGGGCGCGAGCAGGGAGGCGGCAGGAUGGUGAAGCUGACGGCGGAGCUGAUCGAGCAGGCGGCGCAGUACACCAACGCCGUAGGGGACCUCGAGCUGGACCUGCGAGGCUAUAAGAUCCCCAUCAUCGAGAAUCUGGGUGCGACCUUAGACCAGUUCGAUGCCAUUGACUUUUCUGACAAUGAAAUCCGGAAGCUGGACGGCUUCCCGCUGCUGAGAAGACUGAAGACCCUCCUGGUGAACAACAACAGGAUCUGCCGCAUCGGCGAGGCGCUGGACUUCGGCCUCGUGGGACCGUUUCUCAGUAUGAUCUGCUCGAGAGCGAGCGGCUGGUUCCCAGGAAACACGUUAAAGGGCCAAGCCGAGGCCAUUAGGGAGGAAGCCAAGUCCGUGAAGCAAAGGACCGACCCCCUGCGCUUCCUCAGCAGCGUCAGCGGCCCCGGGCCCUUCACGCAGACACCUCACCAGCUCCAGAUCAGAGGGGACCCUGUGGGACGGACCAGGGUGGGGCUCAGUGACCCCAGGGAGGACGGAGCAGGGACUGAAGUAUUGUGCCCCUUCUGCUUCUUGAGGGAGCCCAGUCCAGGGCGGUGGGGGCCCUCUAAAGUGGGGGACAGGCCUGCAGCCGAACUGCCGGAGCUGCGAGCGGGCCUCAUGCAGCUGGGGGCCUCGUGCGUCGCCAACCACACCUGCAGUAACGACAAGACCUUCUGCGAGAUGGUGAAGUCCAACCGGCUGUGUGAGCGCAAGCUCUUCAUUCAGUUCUGCUGCCGGCCCGUGGGUGGCGGCCCCCAGCGGUGUCCCUACGGCGACCACAUCCUUCCGGGGACCCCAAUUGGAACCCCUGGGCCCUGCCUGGGAACCCCCACGUUUACCAAAUCUUCCAACCAAAGCGGAGCGUCAAGCAUGUGGCCUCGCUCGUCCCUUCUCGCUGGGCUUCGAGCAUCUCCAAGGUCAACCCCAGAGGCCAGUGGGACGGGCCAUCCCCACGUGUGACGAAGGGCCCAGCCGCCCGUGUCCUCCGCCCGGACUGUAGUCAGACGGCAGGGGAGGACCUCCUCCUGCCAAACCUGUGUGGGCGUGUCCUCAGCUGCCUGUUCCGGUUCUCCCCGUGGGGGUCCUGUGGACUGGGAGCCCCUCUGUUUUCCAGGAAAUGCACAGAUCGGCUCCCGGGACCCGGAGUAACCUUUGCCUUAAACUUUCUCUCGAGCUUGGACAUCUCUGUUGUGUCCAGCUCCCCCCUUGGACCAUCCGGCAGCCCACCUGUCCCUGGGAGCUGGGCCCCCCCGCAGGGGUGGAUCGAACCCAUCACAGCGAGGAAGACGCCCUCAGAGCAAAUGCAGUGCUAACCCUAAGUUAAUAAAGAGUUAACAGCCCA